AGAAUUUAACAUGCUUCGUCGAUAAAAUGUACGAUCGGAUGCAUAGAUUCGCGCGGAAUCCGUAUAUAGGAAUCGAUUUCGACGACAGUCACUUUUUCCCACAAUCUUGGAGAUGCGAGUUCUCGUCUCAUCUUGUCAAAUACCAAAUUUUUCAAUUAGACGGUGCAAAUUUCACAAAUCAACUUCUUGGACUGCUGUCCGAGCGGGGAGUUGAUGAGAAUGGAAUUAACUUUUUUAACGGAAGUCUCCAUCACCGGACCCCACACAGCACAAUGGAUUCCGUGGAACGGGCGGCCGUCGAGGAAACUGUUUUGAGCAGUCCGUAUUUGUUGCGAAAAAUAAUUCAAAUGUAUUAUUUUGACUUUUUGCUAUUCGGGUAUAAGCUUCCUGAUAUUCCAGUUGAAAAUUAGGAAAGUUCUUUAUAUGUAUUUAAUUGUUGUUAAAUAGUAAAAAUCGAUAAAUUGCUUGAAUUUUGAUAAA